AUGGAAAGCCACUGGGACUGCUCAUUCUCUCCAGAAGGCACCAGGCCUGGGGAUGAGAACGUGUUGUCUGAUGCCAGAUGUACUAAUGACCCAGUAUGGAAUACACUGCAGGACCUGUCUCUCUGGUGCCCCAACAGGGACCUGAAGGUGGACAUGUGCAGCACCACUGAAGAAAUGCCCAGGGAACUGAAGGGAACUUUAGAGCCAGAGAAGCUCCUCCUUCGGGGUUUCUGCAGAGGACUGUUGACCUUCAGGGAUGUGGCCAUAGAAUUCUCUCAGGAAGAGUGGGGAUUCCUGAACCACAGUCAGUGGGCACUGUACAGGGAUGUGAUGUUAGAGACCUAUGGACACCUCCUCUUCUUGGGUCUUGUUGUGUCUAAGCCAGACCUGGUCAUCUUUUUGGACCAAAAGGAGUCUUGGAAUGUGAAGGGAAAGGAUACAGUAGCCACACACCCAGAUAGAUGGGAAUGA